AUGAAUGGAAAUUGGUAUUCGUGGUCAAUAGGUUCAACUCCAAACGAUUAUGUUUUGGCAUGGCGUCAUACUUAUAAUAUAUUAUUAAACAAAGGUAUAGAUGCAACAAGAUUUCAAUGGGUUUGGAGUGUAAAUCGUAAAGACUAUGGUCAAUAUACUGCAGAAGAAUAUUGGGUUGGAGAAAAUUAUACACAUUGGCUAGGAAUUAAUGGAUUUAAUGGAGGUUCAAGUGCAAAUUGGAGUAAAUGGGAAUGGCCAAAUGAAAUUCUUGAUAAUAUGAUGGGUCGGUUACACAAGUUAUCAUCAACAAAACCGAUGUCUCUGAAUGCAUAUGCAACAGUUGGCGUACGAACAGGAAAUACUACAGAUGUGCAGUCAAAAAAUGAAUGGCUGCGCCAAAUGUGUGAUUAUAUAAAUAACAAUAACAUUAAAAUGGCAUCUUAUAAUAAUGUUGAUGGGCCUAACGAAGAUAAUAUGGUAUUUGGUGGUACACACGGUGAUGUAAUUUGGAAUAAUUUUAAGGCAUAUUCAGCCUAUAGAAAUUGUUUACAGUCUAAUGAUUGGAUAGAACCAAACAUUACUAAUCCAAGACUUAUUACUGACGAACAAUUUGCUGUAAUAGUGUUUUUACAAGAUGAAAACAACCUUUCAACGGACGUAUUUGAAGCUGGUAUGGCUAAUACAGUACGAGCAACUGAAGCAAUUAAAGGAAAUACAUCUUGA